UCCUCCCCUCCUCGUCCCGUUUGUUUACGCACGAGAUCGCGUCGUGUCGCGUGCGUGCGUGCGUGUUGCGACUUGCGACUCUACGGUGAUUGCUCGUGCAAUACCGUCAAUACCGUGCCGUAUCGCGUCAUAACGUAUCGCGAUAACGGCAUGCCCAGCAAGAAGAAAAAAUACAACGCUCGUUUUCCAGCGGGUCGUAUCAAGAAGAUCAUGCAGACAGAUGAGGAGGUUGGAAAGGUCGCUCAGGCGGUGCCAAUCAUAAUCUCUAGGACUUUAGAACUAUUUGUGCACUCCUUAUUAACCAAGACCAUGCAGAUCACGAGUGCCAAAAACGCCAAGACUCUAAGUCCGUCUCAUAUGAAACAGUGUAUCCUAUCGGAAAGCCGAUUCGACUUUCUUAAAGAUCUAGUGAAAUCUCUACCUGAUAUAUCGGGACCUGAUGACGAAGUACCUAUGUCACCAGAAACAUCGCAAAGCAAUACGCCAAAUACAGCCACUGCGUGUUCGACGAUGAUGCAGCAUUUCGAUCCAUUAGAAUAUCAAAAGUAUCUGGGAUUACCAGUUAGCACCGAAAUGAAUGUAAACCACAAGAGCACAAGAGAUAACGGAUCGAGCAUAAUUCCAAGCAAUUUGAAUCCCGCUAAUCAAAGGGCCGCGACGACAGUGGGUGGGCACUCGCAAAUUCCGGAAUUCCACAUGUCUGUACCUACGGCCUUCCAAAUUAGUCGACCAAAUUUUUAUACGGAGCUUAACCCGAGUGUGAGCGAUCAGCCAACGUCAAACUUUGCUCGCACCGCCAAUAUUGACGAGGAUUACGACACAUAGUAAUCCGUUCGCGAAAUCUAGGAUGUUAAAAAACUUGUCUUGUUGAACGUCUUGACGCACGAAUUAUGUAUUGAAAUACGGUAGAAAAACCGCGUAUACACGCAGAAGUAUCUUUCAAUUGCUCACAUCACUUGUAAAUUAAUAUCGUUUAAUGCUUUCAAAUUGAAACAAAUUGAGACAAUUUCUUAUUUGGUC